UAUUAGAGAAUUAAAUCCGACACGUAAUUAUUAUUAUAUAUUACAUACGUGGACUCUUUAAAGUUAAUUACUAGAGGUGGUUACACUUACGAACAAAACAAAACAAACAAACAAACAAACAAACAAAAAGGCAAGGAAAGAAUCGAUUGCGAGUACAAUCCUGCAAUACUACUGACCCUAAUUCUGAAAAUCUAUUGUUAAGGGUCUUAGGGUUAACGUCUCUCAUUUUUAGUAUUAAGGGCACAUACAGUGUUGUUUUUGUAAAUGACAAAUUUACUUCAACCGAAAGAGGAAAAGUUUCAUUUGUGAUUGUUGACCUUUAUAAUUUGUUUCAGUGCCAUGUUGUCAUUUAACAACAUAGCCUUCUAGUUCUCGGUAUAAUGGAUACUGUAUUAUCCUUUUUAUCAUAGUAUCUACUGCAACAGGAAUAUUUUCUUCAUCGUAUGUCUUACAUUUAAUUACAUUAUCGAAUAAUGAUCAUAAUACAAUAAUGAAAAUAAUCCUUAGUUGCACUCCUAAAAAUGAAGUAUUGUUGUGGUUCUUCAUAGAGAUCCUCUUUUUCUGACAGGAAGGUGGGCAUUUAGAGAAUUUGCGUAGGCCUGUGCGGAUAUAAAAUAUAUAUAAAAUUUCCAUUGAAUUAUUCUGGUAUCGGAAAAAGACAAUUACAGCAUAUAUAUUUAAAGUAUAAGGCUCAUUAAUAAAAACCACCCUCACACGUCUACAAAAAGGUCUCAGACGUCAGACGAUGGGAGGCUGCGUGCGCGUUCAUGAAGUAGAUGUAAACCGCUGCGUUCUCUCUGACGUCACCGCCCUCUGAUCAUCCGAAAUCCCCGAUAACGCGGUGCGCGCUCCCGCUCGGCUCUGAAUGGGGGCUCGGUCCAGCCAGUGACAGCUCCUCCUGUAGUAUAAUCGUAGACGCCACGGUCCACUCAUCCAGUCAGGUUCCGCUGCUUCCAGACGCACCGGAUAGUUAACGGCACCGCUCCUCCGGUAGUAGCUGCACAUUUAUUCAGGAAUGAGAAAUGAUGGCCGGCUCUGCAGCAGAGGAGAAAACCUUCCGACGGUUCUUGGAGCUCUUUCUUCGGGAGAUGAGAAUGCCUCUGCAGGAGAGCGACCCGCUACCGAUGCGCCCCUUGACGGACCUGGUGUCUGAGGACGAGGUGGAGGGGGAAUGCCUCGACCUGUGUCUCCAACACCUCUACAAAUAUAACUGCCCGUGCUCCCUGGCUGCAGCCCUGGCCAGAGCCACAGCAGACAGCAUCCUGCAGACUGACCUCUCCAUCCACCACCUCAAUAAGACUGUAGAAGAUGGAGCUGACCCACUACCACAGAUGGAGUCUGUGAAGCUAGCCCGGCUGGUGUUUAAUAGACUUUUUGAGAUGUGCUGCCUCUGGCUGAAGGAGCUGCCGUUCCGCCGCCGUCCACAGCCAUACUACGAAACAUCCAUCCAUGCCAUCAAGAACAUGAGGCGUAAGAUGGAGGACAAGCAUGUCAUCAUCCCUGACUUCAACACACUCUUCAAUGUUCAGGAUCAGGAAGAACAGGCUUUCUUUGCCGUGUUUGACGGUCACGGUGGCGUGGAUGCUGCCAUUUAUGCUGCCAAUCAUCUCCAUGUCAACUUAGUUCGUCAGGAAUCCUUCAACCAGGACCCCAGCGAGGCGCUCUGCCGAGCCUUCAAAGUCACAGAUGAACGCUUUGUUAAGAAGGCUUCACGAGAGAACCUGCGUUGUGGCACAACAGGUGUGGUGACGUUCCUGCGGGGCCAGACGUUGUACGUGGCCUGGUUGGGAGACUCCCAGGUCAUCCUGGUCAGGAGGGGACAGGUUGUGGAGCUGAUGAAACCACAUAAGCCAGACAGAGAGGAUGAGAAGCAGAGGAUCGAGGCUCUAGGAGGCUGUGUGAUCUGGUUCGGCACAUGGAGGGUUAAUGGCAGUCUGUCCGUAUCCAGAGCAAUAGGGGACUCAGAGCACAAACCCUACAUCUGUGGUGAUGCAGACCAUAGUAUCUUCCCACUGGACGGUUCAGAAGACUACCUGAUUCUGGCCUGUGAUGGCUUCUGGGACACAGUGAGUCCAGAUGAGGCGGUGCGGGUGGUCAGUGACCACCUCCAGGAGAACGCUGGAGACACCACCAUGGUGGCCCACAAGCUGGUGGCCUCAGCCCGUGAUGCGGGCUCUAGUGAUAAUAUCACUGUCAUAGUGGUCUUCUUGCGGGACCCACGCUCCCCGCCACCCACCAGCACCGAGGAUGAGGAAGAGGGUGUGGUGGAGGGAGAGGUGGAGGAGGAGGAGGUAGCAGAGGUAGAGGAGGAGGAACAAGAAGAAGAGGAGGAGGACGAGGCAGUCAGGGUAGAGCGCGGCGGUGGUGAGGGAGGCAGCACUGCGGACAUCGGGGGGAAGGGUCGCGGAGGCUGGCCCCUGCAGCAGUGCUCGGCCCCCGCUGACCUCGGCUAUGAAGACCGAACGGACUCGUUCACGGACAGAACUAGCCUCAGCCUGCUGGGGCCAUCGCUGGAGGGCCGCAUCUCCCUGACCCGAGGGUCACGGCAACCCUGCUCCGACUUUAGCCCCGACCUCUUCACAGCCUCCCACAUCUACCGAGAAGAACGCCCACUGAGGCGCAGGUCCUGUAUCCCUUUUCAGGAGCCCAGCAUCUCUAGCUUCACGGACCCACUCUGGCCCCAGACAGCCAUGCUGCUGGGCCAGGCAGUGAGGCGAAGCCGCAGGCUUGGUUAUGGUAGUCGCCUAUGGGGCCGGAGGUGGCCAGGCAGAUCCAGGGAGCUGCUUGGCCUGCUUUCAUCUGGUAGCCUGCUGCCCUGCAUGCAGCGCUACACCAACCAGAGGCCUGGAGUGGCAGUGCCUCACCUGCCCCAUGAUGCCACCAUCUGAAGAGGUGACCCAAACCAAACCAUUUCCUCCAUUUAUUCAGUCCUGCUCCCUCCCCCCUCAGCCCACCCACCCACCUCUGCCUUCAACAACACGUCUUUCUUUGAUAGUAGGUAGUUGUGGCUCCUGCAGUCGUUACGUGAUUAUUGAGUCUCUGUCGGAAGAGUGGUGCUCUCUGUCCUUAAGCCAAAAUGUUUCCAAAUGUAAGCUGGCCACUGAGCACAAGCCCUGCUCCUUAAUGCUAUAGGUAAAGCGCAAAACUGCAUCCUCUCCAUUGUGACCAUUAAUCAGUCAAUAUGAAGCCAGAGCUGGAAAUGCAGCUUAUUUAGAUGUGUUCAGACUGAAUGUGAAAUGAAUCACAGAGGCCGGACCACUGCUUACAAAGUCUGAGAAAAGAUUUGAAAAAUGUUUCAGCUGUCUUGAGCAGUGUGACUUCUUGAACAAGAAUAAAUGAGAAGGUUUAGAGGUAAAUUUUAUCUGGCUGGACAUUAGUCUGUAUUGGAUUGAAUUGGUUAGGCAGAGGAUCACUUGCAUUCAGUUUGAACACUUGUUAACUUUAUAAUGCUUGGUUGCUCCACAGUCUUGGCAGUGUCUUCAGACAGAAAUUAUGUAUUUUGGAGGGGAGGAAAAAGCGUUGUAGGACAAAUUAGUUGCUCUCUGGUACAUGAGAAAGGAAAAAAAUCUAUAAGAUCUUAUAACUUAUUAAGCUUGCAGAAAAAGUGAGAGUAUAAACUACUUUGCCAAAAUUAUGCAGACACCUGAACUUUACACCUAUAUCUGAUAGCUGAACAUAUCACUCCAAGAGCAUUAUUGUGCUGUUAUAACUCCCAUCACUUUUCUUUGAGAUUUUUUUUUUGUUUUGAAGAUUUUGGAACCAGGCUGCAGGGAUUUGCUCUGAUUCAGCCACAACAGCAUCAGUAGGGUCAGGAGAUGAUGUUAGGUGAAAGUAGAGCUGACCGAUACUGGAUUUUGAAGGGUAGCACUGAUAUGAAUUUUUGAGAUCCAAUAAGGAUAUAUCCUGCAUUUUUGAUUUUGAAUAUAAACACAAUACUAAACAAUUUUGAUAAGAAGCCUUGAAAUUUGAUUAUUAAAGAAUUGCAACAAAGGUAUGGACUGAAAUAAUGAAUUUUACAGUUGAAAAAUAAACUUGUCAGUGCUCCUUGGCGGGCAAACUAUGUAACUGAGACACGGUUUCUAACCUUCCAGAUAUAUUUGUGAAGCUAAUAUGAGUCAUAAAUAUUACCCAUGCUGAUGAAUUGGUCUUGCUCUGGUUGAAAAAGGAAAAGUAUCAUUGUAGCUUGUAUCAUUAAGUUUUCCCUUCACUGGAACCACAAGGUCUAGACCAAAACCUUGAACAACACUACAAAACGAGAAGUACACAACAUACUUCACCUCAAAUGACCGACCCACACAUAUAUUAGUGUGCACUACAGAGAAAGGACAGCCUUUCAGCCAUACCAGCCAAGUGAGAGAGGUUGACUGUGUGAUCACUCAGCUCUAUUAUUUCUCUUUCCUUCUAUUUUAUGUCGCCCAGGUAUAAAUGCAGGGUGAGGUGACACAUAUCAUCUUUUGUCUCAAGACAGCUGUCGAGAAUGUCAAGCGACUGAGCAUUAUAUUGAGCUCUAAUGGCGCAGCUCGCCCUCUUUGUGCUCUCAGCAAUCCUUUGGUGGCAGAUGAACAAAGUUCAAAGUUGCUCCUGAUUUCUGGGACUGAAGGCGCAUGCUGUUCUGCCUGCUCCCAUAAAGUCACUGACCCAGCCAUUAUCCAGCCACAAUUUGUCUACAGAUAAAAGCACUUAACACUGGAUUAUAAAAGAUUAGCAGUCAUUUACCUGAAUAAAUGCUUCAUGUUGUCCAGUAUUCCAGAUGGGGAUAUACUCCAGAUGGGUUUUUUGAGGAAUGGAGGGGUAUUUAAAAAUAUAUUUUUGUUAUAGUUGGUGUUGGGCCACAUAGGUGUAUUUCAAGUGUAUUUACCUUCACACAAAACCCACUGAACAGUACAAGUAUUUUCCAGCAGGCAUGGUAAAUGUACAAAUGUUUAACAUUGGGCCAGGAUAGCUGAAAGCUGCAGAACACGUGCCUUCCAUAUGUGUGAGCCUACUUCCUUUACACACACAUUCACUAAUUAUUAAAAUUAGGUGUUAAUACCACUAUUAAGGACAAGUCUGGCUUGUGCUUUCAAAGGAAUAUUUUGACAUUUUGGGAAAUAUGCUCACUUUCUUUAGGAUUUAAUGCUAAGCUAAGCCAAUGAUUUGCUGACUGCAGCUUCUUAUUUAGCGUACAGACAUGAGAGUGACAUUAAUCUUCUCAUCAUGAAAGUGAAUAAGUCUGUUUCCCCAAAUGUCCUUAAAGACUAAUAGUCCUUUGAAUAACAUAAGGAGAAUCUGUCUAUUUUUGGUUGCCUCAUGGCCUAAGGUACGAGAGCAGAGUUUUCUAUGUGUAAAUAAGGUUGCGAUGUUAACAGCCGCACACAACAAUACUACACAGCAAACAUCCCAGUCAUUGCCAACUCCAAGAUAGCUCCCACUGUCAGAGUAAUCCGCUGAGGCUGGCUCCCAUGGCCCCACAGCACCUUUAUAAUUGGAUCCUUCACUGAUCUGAUCUAGAUUCUACAAUGGAGUGCCCCCUCUCUGCUGUCUAACACGCUGCUGACAGUGCUGCACUUCAGUUAUGUUAUCAAGUCAUAGGAAACCCAGUCUUUAUGCCACCUUUCAUAAGACUGCACUUGCCUACAACACCUGGCUAAAACAUUUAAAAAAAAUGUUUUACACUGAUAUUUAUUGAUUUUAAUAUAUCUAACACCAAAUAUAUAAUAGGUAGUCCAUCUAUGGAGUUCCUCUUUAACUCUAAUUCAUAAUCAGAAUUAACAAACAGCUAUGUAAUCAUCAAAUAAUAACCCUCCUACUGAUUUAUAUGAUGAUAUAUAAAGAAAAAUUCAAUAUUAUAUUCAUAUUAAUCCCUCUCUGAUAAGACUCUUAACACCCACACCUAGUUAACUUGGUGAGACUGAUCUAUGGAAAAACUUCUGUCACUUUGCAUUAAAUGUGUAACUUUCUUUCAAAAACACACCAUAGCAUUUCUGUAUCUAACCAUACUCAAUUACUGUAAACUAACUAUUCCACAAAUUUACCAUGAAAACUACUAUAAAAGUCAAAUGUAAAGCCUGAGCCACAUUAAGUUCAUCACUGAUUGUCAGUCAAGUACCACAAAUGACCCUGUUCCCAUUAACAAGCCUAAACUCCUUUUGUUCCCUCUUUACAUUUUUUUUAAUAUUAUUUGUUGUUGGAGCAAUUGAUGUUUGCUAAGCCCCACCCUUGUUGCUACGCCUAUCUGGCUUUCUGUUCCCCCUCCGCUCCUAACACUGUUUACAAUAACAGUGACUGAUUUAUCACAUCAAAUUCAUGGUAAUUGUUGAAACAACUGAUCCAACUGACAAAUGCAAGGAUUUUUGCCAGCUAUCUAACGUAGGAAAACAAAUCCUGAAACAAGAAUGCUGUUGGGGGGUCUGAAAUAUUCUAGCUGUAUGAUAUCACACUAAACGACUGAGGCAUGUCCCAGGCAAAAAGCUAGCAUCACCAGCUGACACAUGCUUUACUGUAUGACAAGGGAAAAUGUAAAAUCAGACAAUUAUUUCCUUGGGACAUAACCCUGUCUGAUGGAAAAGUAUACUUGGGCAAGCAACACAGAGGGUAUGAGAUUUAUGCUCUAUUGUUUGUUUCUCAAACAGUGGGUUUGACUGAAAAGACUGAGGAUGAGGAGGAACCAAUGUGUUUGGUAAAUGUAAGGCUGUCUCCGGUGAAGAUCAGGCCAGAGUUGCUGGAGCUGCUAACGUUACACUAUACAUGAUACAGAACGUUUGCUGCUGAUGUUAGAGCAGAAAAACACACACAUAAAUCAUUUCUCUAUACUUUUGUCUUGUGUUUUUGGGCUUGGAAAGGGUAACAAAGUAACAUGUCCUUCCUAGCUACGGUUGCUAAACUGUGAUUGGACAAUUGCUGAUCAGGGGUGGGGUUUACCAAACGGUCAUUUGGGCGCAUUAAUUAUUCCCCAACACUCCCUAACAUUGUAACAUUGUCACUCCCCAUUCUUCAGUUGAUGCAGUGAAUUUCCAAAUGUCAGGAUGUUAGUGAUAACCAGGUUCUGUAAAUCGUGCCUCCACUUUCCUGGCCCAGACACUAGCUGACGAACCGCCCAGCUGGUGUGAUAUCAAAAGAAGUGAUUUAUCCGACAACUGGUACUGGUUUGUCGUCCCUGACACAGAGGGCCGCCACCUCCCCCUUUCAGUCUUGCUGGUAGAUGGGGACUAAUGUUGGAGUCUCCCAUAACCUUCCUGUGGACUGACUAGUGAAGAGCAUCAGACUGUCAGUGGAGCAGAAUGUACCUCAUGUCUCAGAAAGUCCUCAGAGACUCAGUGGGUCAACAUGAGGAGUUUUUUUUUUUUUUUUUUUUUUUUUUUUUUGAAAGGGGGGGGUGAUUCUUCAUUUCGGGCGUGUCUAGCUAUGAGGAAUGUACUGUCAAGAAACUCAACUCAGCAAACUUAAGCCACUGGAUCCCUUUGUGGAAGUAUCCCUACAGUCACUGUCUCUAGAAUCGUUGGUUGAUACCAGAAGAAGAUGGGGGAAGUACCAGAAAACAAUGGAAAUCACAGUCAUUUCAACUAUUCACUUGGCCAUGGAUGUUUAUGUAUAUUACGAGUACUAAUUGUGAGUUGAGCGAGUGCUGGAGGAGUGUAUAUAUAAUAAUUCUGUCUUGUAAAUCAGUGGUUUUAAUCCAUGCUUCACAAGGCCCGACAGAUGGCUCAGAUGUUGACUUUAAAGAGUCAGAUCUUGGACUGUCAAAAUCUCCUGCCACCAGACUGAGGUGGAGGUGAGGAUGUGAUGUUGUCGAACAGCCCGGAGGGCAUCAGUCUAUAAACUCUGGCUCUGCCUUCAAGAGCUGCUAAAGCAUAUAAAGGUGUUGAACCAGUCUGGCUUUCACUGGAGAGUUGUAGUGUCCUAUCAUGGCCUAACUGCUGUUUCACCCUGCUUUCUCACCAUAUCAAUCUCGGGAAAACAUACAUAAAGAUGUUAAUUACUGGCUUAAAUUACUGUAUCUCAAAUCUGCAGCUUUGAGUUUUUUUUUUUUUUUAUUGGUAUCAGCCUUAAAAAAACAUCUUGCCAAUCAGAUUCUAUCAGUAGUUUGUAGGUUGUUAUUCCAACUCUGCAGGUGUUAGAUGAUUAAUAAGGCAUUGAAUAGAGAGGAGGAACACAUGAGUAAACUGAGCUGCUGUGGAGUUUGGGCCUCACUUAGAGCUACUGUCUUUCCAGUUGUUUAGAUCACAGAUUAAAUCUCCUACAUGGAUCAUACAGGGCAGUAAACUCUGGAGAAGCAGAGGUGCCACAAUGAGACAAAAAGUCUUCUCAAGAUCUUGUUAUAAUGACAAAAACUGAUACCAGGAGUCUUUACAUAUUUUUCUAAAUACAAGGAGUGAACAGUUACAUAACAUUAACAGUCAAAAUGAAAAUAAAAUCAGCUGUUAAAGUUGUUGUAAUCCAAUUAAAGGAUGGAAAUGUUUCAGGUAAAAACUUGUUCCAAUCACUCUCUAGUCAGUCUCAUGUCAAAGAUGUUCUAAUGAAUUUAAAGAUGCACCAACUUUUCUGUCUUCGCUCACCAAAAACAAACACGACACCAGCAGUCGUUCAGACAUUUACGUUGUUGGUUUUCCAGACUAGUGACCUCUUGUGGUCAUGUCAGUAAUGACUGUUGUCUCUGACAAACCAAAGGUAUCAAAAUGUCAUGCCGACACUGAGAGGAAAACGUCAGGAAAUCUCCAAAGUCAGUUCCUCUGGUGACCAGGCAUGUCUGUACCAGAUUUCAUGGCGGUCCAUACAAUAUCUAUUGAGAAAUUUCAGUCGUUACCAAAGCGAUGGACCAACCAGUAUUUCCACAGACAGACCACACUCCCAGUGUGACUAAAAAAUAUCUUUGUACACAACUCCUCUCAUUACAGCAAGAUUUUAAAUUGAGACUCUUUGUCAUUAUAAUAAGAUACUUGGACUUUUGUCAUUAUUACAAGAUGUAUUUUUGUUGUGACAAUGAGACAAAGUCAUCAUAAUAAAUUACAUUUCUCAUUUGUUGUAACUGGUGGCAGCUCUGUGCUGUUAAGGAAAACUGCUCUGUAUGAACCGAUACAUUGAGGCAUGUUGUACUUGUGGCCACGCCUCAGAGCAGCUGUGCAGAGCAGCAGUAGUUUUCUGUCCCCUGUGAUUCACUGUUGAUUUUUUUCAAAUCACUGAUGUGAUUUCUCAGCAGGUCUUUAGUGCUGCACUUUUCUGAGCUCCGAAAAGGGAGACGUACCACAACACUGCUCGGUGACAAGGAGCCGUGGGUUGCAUUCACCAGACCCUUCACCAAAACCCUAUGAAUUAGUAAUACACUGUUCAUAUCAUAUUGAAAACUGCCAGGAGUUGUCACUAUAUGAGCAAUAAAAACGUUGUCCAUCAUUCCUUGUGGUAAAUCCUCUAAGCUUGAUAAACCCUCACUUGCUCACGCUCUGCUGCCUGCACUAAAGGUUCCUCUGAGUCAGAUGUUUCCCUCCCCAAUGAUGAAAGCAAGCAGAAGUUCAGAUCUGCUCUCCCAUAAUCUCUGUCUAACUAUAGGGCCCUCCAUGAAUCUGCACUGUGUGUCUAUGUACACAAAAAAGCUUUUUCUUUUUAUCUGUAAGCAAUAAUGACGUUGCAUUAAAAGGCUCUCUGAGGGUUUGUCUUCUGCUGAAGGAUGCAGCAAAAUGUAGUUCUGUCAGCCAUACUUGAAAGGUCACAAAGCAUAAAUGCUGAGUUCCUGAAGUCAACUUCCCAUUCAUUUUUCCCAUAGAGAAUAGGAUUAUGAGUCAUAAUCUGCUUUCCUGUGGUAAGGUUCACUUUACAUACUCCUACACCUCCUGCGAGAAGUCAUCAGUCAGUCUGACUUCACCUUCUCUCGAUCACAUCACUUAGUCUGUGGCUUAGGUUUUGAGCUCAAACGCUAAACUUAUGUAAAUGUAAAUGUCCAUGGAAAAGUGAAUGUGAAGCUCUCUUCUUUAAAAAGAAUAAGUGAUACAGGAGGCAGGACAUCUCAGUCGUAUCGGCAUUCCUCAGCAGCCUGGAUAUCUGUGCACAUUUGAAAAGACUGCCAUGAGUUUGGACUUCUUAGACCUUUGCACUCUGUUCAAAUGUCAGCCAGUGGCCAAUGUGGGUGGGGGUGAAGGGUGUGAUCACAAGAAGGCGAGUGCUGCUGACUUGGACCAAACACAGCCCUCUCCUUCUUGUCCUCCAGGCUCGAAGACAAACCCUAUGAUUGGCUCUUCUUCAACAUGCAGGAUAGGUUUAAAAAAAAAAAAAAAACAGUAAAACACACAUUGAGUACCUGUAUUAUCUGUGUUCCUGUAGUAUAUAAAUAUGUGUACUGUAACUGGUGACUAAUUAUUAUGUAUAUAAAGAUUAGACCAAG